AUGAGAGCGAAUCAAGAUUUGGUGGGGUCUCCGGAACAGGGAGCAUUGCAACCUCCACCACUAGUUGAGAUAUCGCGGCGCCACCUCUCCAAUCCCCACUCCUCCUCCCAUGACUCGAUAUUUUCCCCCAAAUCUUUCCAUUUCCUCGUUUCUUCCGAUCCGCCAUUGUCAAAUCCUACCGACGUAGUGCGCAAGCAAGUAGCAAUCGGAGCAAAAAUGCUCGCUUCUGCCGCCUUGAAUCCAAGUUGCUCCUUCUCCCGACCCCGCUGGCCUUCGGACUCGAUUCGCAUCCAUUCCUCGACUCCGGCGGCCGCUGCCUCCUUUGGAUCUCACCCCCGCUCCGCCUCGCGCAGCUUCCGCGUCAGAAGUGCCGCCACUAAGCCUGCGAAAUCUCCUGCCGAAGAAGAUUGGAAGAUCAAACGCGAGGUUCUACUUCAGAAGAGGGUUCGCAGUGUUGAUGUAAAGGAAGCCUUGCGUCUUCAAAAGGAAAAUAAUUUCGUUAUUUUGGAUGUCCGGCCGGAAGCAGAGUUUAAGGAGGCUCAUCCACCAGGUGCUAUCAAUGUACAAAUAUACAGGCUUAUUAAGGAAUGGACAGCAUGGGAUAUUGCUCGGCGUGCUGCUUUUGCUUUCUUUGGCAUUUUCGCCGGCACCGAAGAGAACCCUGAGUUUAUGCAGAGUGUGGAGUCCAAACUUGAUAAAGAUGCAAAAAUCAUAGUAGCGUGUUCCACUGGAGGCACCAUGAAGCCAUCACAAAGUCUUCCAGAAGGUCAGCAAUCAAGGUCCUUGAUAGCAGCAUAUUUGUUGGUGCUAAAUGGUUACAAAAAUGUAUUUCACCUAGAGGGAGGGCUCUACAAUUGGUUCAAAGAAGGGUUACCAGCCGAACCAGAGAAAGAAUAAGUCCAAAGUGUAAAAUUCUGUGUCCCCUAUGGUUUAUUUCGUUUCAUGAAAGAUUGUAGUUAGACAUAUUAAUCAAUUCUCAAUGGUGAGAUCUCAAAGGCA